AUGAACAAGAUCUUCUUCCUCAUCGUCUUUAUGGCUUGCGUCUGCCUGUACGCUGAAGCCCAACUGACGUUCACAUCCAGUUGGGGUGGCAAACGAAGCGGUGUUGCUCCAAUGUCAUGCAAGAACGAAGAAGCAGUGGCUACUAUCUUCAAGCUGAUCCAAAACGAAGCUGAAAGAUUCAUCAUUUGCCAACAAAAGCCCUGA